UUCACACAGCAAACCGACACAGUUCCAACAGCCCUCACCUAACCACGUGCCUCCGCUUAGAGCUUCUCCUUUACGUAGUUUUUGCGCGCGCAGUUUCCGGCUGUGAGAAGCGUCAGGUGAAGCGGAAGUGAAGUGAAGAGGCUUGUACUGCUUACCUGUCGUCAGUCAAACUGACAGAGAAGAAACAAGGGAAAAAAAUGAGUAACCCAAUCCCAUCCAACCUGAAGUCUGAGGCCAAGAAAGCUGCCAAGAUCCUGAGAGACUUCACCGAGAUCUCCAGCAGAAAUGGGCCAGACAAACUCAUCCCCGCUCACGUAAUAGCUAAGGCUGAGGGUCUGGCCAUCAUCUCUGUCAUCAAGGCAGGCUUCAUGAUCACAGCCAGAGGAGGCAGCGGAGUAGUAAUCGCCAGGCUUCCUGACAAACGCUGGUCAGCACCUUCAGCUAUUGGCAUCGCUGGUCUGGGUGGAGGCUUCGAAAUCGGGGUGGAGGUGUCAGACUUGGUGAUCAUCCUGAAUUACCGGAGGGCCGUCGAAGCCUUCACAAAGGGUGGGAACUUGACGCUUGGCGGGAACGCCACUGUCGCCGUGGGACCUGUUGGAAGGAACGUGGAGGCUGAUGUGGCUCUGCGGAGUACUGCAGCUGUGUACACCUACUGCAGGUCCAGAGGUUUGUUUGCAGGUAUUUCUCUGGAGGGAUCCUGCCUCAUUGAACGCAAAGAAACCAACCGCAAAUUCUACUCCCAAGACAUCCGCGCAUCUGCCAUUUUGAAUGGUGAUGUGGAACCGCCGUCAGAGUGCUAUGACCUCUACCACAUCCUAGAUGUCUACACUGAGGCCUACACCACCGACUGGACAAGCAAGAACUUGCAAACUAGGUCAUCCGUUCGCCCAGCCAGACCACCAGCUCCGAUCCAGUCAAAGCCACCAAGCUACUCCGAGGUGUCAGCAGCCAGUGCCGGUAAAGCUCAGAAAUACAACUGUUCAGGUAAGUUUGCCUCCAGAAACUCUCAGAUGAACGAUUGGGGAUCAUCAGAGGGUGGAGCCACUGGGCUGAUGGUUGUCACAGCAACACAUCCCUUUGCAGGGGAGCAGCCAGGUGACCUCAGCUUUGUUCCAGGCGACCGUAUCACUGUCAUCACGAAGACAGACUCCCAGUAUGAUUGGUGGGAGGGGCAACUGGAAGAUGGUCGGGUUGGGAUCUUUCCUGCAAACUUUGUUACAUAUUGAUACUACUCUCUGGGUGUCUGACAGAAAAACAUCUGAAAGAACCAAUAUUGGGUAAAAUGAGUUUGGAACGUGGUUGUUCUGUUAGGCGUAAACACUCCACUGCAUGAAUAUACUUGUAAAUGAAUUAAUAAUCCUUCGGUUUUUCACAUAGUAAAUGUAAUAUUGGAAAUUUUGAAACAUUUGUCAGACAAAAUACAUUUUGACAUAUUUCACAAAAAUAUUUUAACUGGCAUUUUUAACCAUUUCAAAUGUUUCACAUUUAAUAUUGAAGUACCACUGUUUGUUUGUUUCUUGGUACAAAUUUGAAUCACAAAAAGACAACCACUUGGAUUAAAUGAAAUCAACUAUUCCAUUAUUAUUGUGAUUAUUAGUUUCAUCAUCAUAAUUAUUAUUAUUUACAUUUAGUUUGAAAUUGAUUGGGAACUUUAGGCUGGUUGCCUAAAGGCUGGGUGCCAACAGAAGCGUUUGUUUGUUUUUCUUUUAGUUUAGUUUCUUUUAUAGUUUAAAGUCUUGAUAUUUUAAGAUCAGUGGCACCACCAAAACUGCUGUAAAGUCUAAAAAUUGAACAAAAAGUUGAAAUUUAACUGUCAGCUGCUGUGAUCAGGGAACUUUAAGGGGCUGUAAAUUUCAACACCAACUGUUAGGCACUUUCUUUAGCUCUUUAAGUCAAUGUGUUACAAUUAUCGUGGAGAUGGUUAUACUGACUUUGCUGCACCCUUGUUCUUUUUUUUUUUUUUUGCAUGUAAAUAUGGUUAUGCAUGAUGUUGUAAUAAUGUUAAAUGGAGCGGGUUACAAGGUGGAUGAAGGAAUUUUUAAGGAGUUUAAUAUAUGCAUAUCAGUUUAAAUAUUGUUUUUCUUCACUUUGCACUUUUUUAAAAUGACAUUUAAAGUAUGAGUUUAGGGAUCUGCUAAUGUUUUAAUCUUAACAAUGUCUUCAGAUUAAUAAUUGUGGUGUGGGUGAGUAUUCUUUUUGGGGGGGGCUUUUU